GCCGAAGCACUGAAUUAUACUUCUACUCACCUCACAUGGGUUCCUACAUACACAGAAGAUACCUCUUAGCAGUCGGCUCUCGGACUCAGAACUCAGGCGCUUUAACUCACUCCACACCCGCCAAGUAGAGAGAUCUAUUUCUGAAGCGCCGUUUGCCAUGGCUCCAAAACCUAUUACAAGUCCAGUGCCGGAAGCUUGGUACCCUACCGUAUCUGUGUUCAUGCUUUCGUUCGGUCUUCUCGUCACUGCUUCAUUCUUCAUUUAUGAAGCAACCUCUUCUAGGCAAAACCGCAUUCUUGCCAAGGAGCUUAUAACAGGAGCAAUAGCAUCUGUCUUCCUAGGUUGCGGGUCCUUAUUCUUGCUGCUUGCUUCUGGCAUAUAUGUUUAAUUUAUAAAUGUUGAACCAGUUGAAAUUUUGCUUUAAGCAGGAUGAAGUCAUAUAUGAAGAAUGAUAUGCUUGACAAUUUUAGUUAUAGACAUUUUAGUAAUUUUCA